GCAAAUAAUCUAGAAGCUGCUGCACCAUGAGCGUCUCUGCACUGAGCUUCUUCAGACUCCAGGGCGGCAUCAUUGGGUUUCUCCAGCUGGCCUCCCUGCUCUGCCUGCUUCUGCUGCUGUUCAAGGCAGCCCAGUUCUACCUGCGCAGGCAAUGGCUGCUCAAAGCCACCCAGCAGUUCCCAUCCCCGCCCUCCCACUGGCUCUUUGGGCACAAGCUCCAAAUGGACCAGGAACUGCAACUGCUGCUGAAAUGGGUAGAUAAAUUCCCAAGUGCCUGUCCUCGCUGGGUAUGGGGAAGUAGGAUCUUCUUCAUGAUUUACGAUCCUGACUAUAUGAAGAUGAUUCUGGGGAGAUCAGACCCCAAAGCUAAAACUACUUACAGAUUCCUGGCUCCCUGGAUUGGGUAUGGCUUGCUCCUGUUGAAUGGGCAGACGUGGUUCCAGCACCGCCGGAUGUUGACCCCAGCCUUCCACUAUGACAUCCUGAAGCCCUACCUGGGACUCAUGGCUGACUCUGUCAGAGUGAUGCUGAACAAGUGGGAGAAGCUUACUAACCAGGACUCAUUUGAGAUCUCUCAAGACAUCUCUUUGAUGACUCUGGACUCCAUCAUGAAGUGCGCCUUCAGUUAUCAAGACAGUGUUCAGCUGGACAGGAAUUCCCAGUCCUACAUCAAGGCUAUUAGUGACCUGGGCUACUUGAUACCUUCUCGUGUGCGGAAUGCCUUUCAUCAGAAUGACAUCAUCUAUAGACUGACCUCUGCUGGUCGCUGGACCAACCAUGCCUGCCAGAUUGCCCAUAGGCACACAGACCAAGUGAUCAGGCAGAGGAAAGCUCAAUUGAAGGAUGAGGGAGAGCUGGAGAAGAUCAAGAAGAAGAGGCACUUGGAUUUCCUGGACAUCCUCCUGUUUGCCAAAAUGGAGAAUGGGAGCAGCCUGUCUGAUGAGGACCUGCGUGCCGAGGUGGACACCUUCAUGUUUGAGGGCCAUGACACCACAGCCAGUGGUAUCUGCUGGAUCUUCUAUGCUCUGGCCACACACCCUGAGCAUCAGCAGAAGUGCAGGGAGGAGGUCCAGAGCCUCCUGGGGGACGGAGCCUCCAUCACCUGGGACCACCUGGACCAGAUGCCCUACACCACCAUGUGCAUCAAGGAGGCCCUGAGGAUCUAUCCACCAGUACCAACUGUGGGCAGAAAACUCAGCAAACCUAUCACCUUUCCUGAUGGACGUUCCUUACCCAAAGGUAUCUUUGUCUCACUAUCCAUUUAUGGCCUUCAUCACAACCCGAAGGUGUGGCCAAACCCAGAGGAGUUUGACCCUUUCCGAUUUGCACCCAGUUCUACUCGACACAGCCAUUCAUUCCUGCCUUUUUCAGGGGGAUCUAGGAACUGCAUCGGGAAGCAAUUUGCCAUGAAUGAAAUGAAGGUGGCCGUGGCCCUUACCCUGCUUCGCUUUGAGCUGCUGCCGGAUUCCACCAAAGUCCCCUUCCCCGUGCAACGUAUUGUGUUAAAGUCCAAGAAUGGGUUCCACCUGCAUCUCAGGAAGCUCCACUAAUGCUGUCUUACAGCUCUGGAGAUCAGAUGUCUGAAAUGGAUUUCCCUGGACAAAAAACAAGCUGUUGCAGGAUUUCUCAGGGACAAGCCCUGUUCACCAUCUGCUAGCUUGGCUUUCAAGGCCUUCUGAUGGAUGGAUAGGUCCACCUCCCAGGGAUCAUCUCCUGUACUUGAAAUUGACUAAUUUCAUGUUAACCCUAACUAAAACAUUUUUUCACAGUUACAUCUGGACUAGCAUUUAAUUGAAUAAGUGAGUAAUUCAGCCUUGUCAAGUUGAAUCAUAGGCAUCACAUUUUAUCCUGGCAAGUUGUCAUUGAAAUACAUCCCCAUAAACUUACUUAAUCAGAAAAUAAAGAUUUGCUCUGUAACCAAA